AAAGCCUUAGUGUCAGUUCUGUUUGCAAAACAACUCGAUUUGGUAAACUGUAUCUCUUUCAAACAAAUGUGAUGGAUUCCGUUAGUAGAAAUCGUAGCAAUAGAUAUGAUAGGGUAAUGUCUCGUGUUAGCAAUCAAUCACGGUCCAGUCUUAGAUCGAAUUCGUUUGUUACACGCCAUGAUAUCCCUUCAUCUGUAAGAGUUGGCGCGAAACCAUCUGUUUCGAAUGUGAGUUCCGGAGUUUUUAAUGAACUUCCAUUUGUUUUGAAUGACUAUGUGCCAGAUACGGAUCAGGAAAAAGUGAGAAAAUCGUAUGUUGUGAAACCUCGUAAAACAAUUAAGUCUUUGGACCCCGCGCUAUCUCCGCCUCGCACGGUUACUAAGCUUAAGAAAUCAGUUAAAAAACCUUCGAACUUUCAAGUUCAGGAGUCGGCUCCUUCGGUAUUAGUUAGCAGCGGUGAAAAGUGGUCGAGUUCUCAUUUUAGGGAGUGUUUAUCUAGUAGGUCUCAUACAAGACUAAAGGAUUUAAAGGAUGAAAUAAGAGCCUACAAUGAAACGGAGAAGCUGAUGAAACUUCGCAGUAAUUUGUAUAAGAAGUGUGGAGUAGUGUUGGAUGAUGUGGGCAAUGUGGCUGAAGAUAAGGCAGUGCAAGUAGAGCCACCGGGACUCAAGCCCGAUGAUGCUGAAGUAAUUAAUAGAACGGAGCAGCAGCACUACCGAGAGAAUGCCCGAGCCCCUUUGUCUGACCAACAGAUGAGAAGUGUCGCGUCACGAUACCCAGUCGAUCGAUAUUUGGUUGAAAGCAGCAAUAAGUUUGAAAUGGUAAAUAUCAUAGACAACGAUUUAUGGAACACUGAACCAGCUUUGAAACCAGAAGAUGAAAUUAUAUUAAGAAAACUGCAUGAAAUGCUGCAAUCGACUGCGGAUGACCUAAAGCUACUUUCCGGUGAACUGUCAAAAUUCCAUGAGCCGGGUGUGCAAGUUAAAACUACGCCUACACCAUUAGAUGAAGAAUUUAAUGAGAAAGUUCAUAUUGAGGAAAUUGUAAAUGCCAAAUUCCAUGGUUACAAAAUCAUUGAUAACCCUGCAAAUAUAGCUAAGUACAAGUCGAAUAAAGAUUUAACAGAGAAUAAGAAAAGUAUGUUAAAUUCACAAAAAUCAAAUAUUACUAAUGUUAAUAUUCCGGUCAAGCCUCCACCCGUAUCUAAGAAGCCUAUUUUAAAUAGAAAUCUAGAAGUAACUCGCACCAAAAUCAUACAAAUAGACGGUAACGAAAAUAGUUCCAAGACUGAAAAGCUUAAUAAUGGUAAGGUAGUCAACGCCCCAGCUGUAGCUUAUAACGAAUAUUGUUUUAAAUAUGUCGAACCUAAACUAAAGACGCCACGCAGAGUUUUACAAGUACAAGAAAUGCCAACUAUUGAUAUCAGAAGUGAAUUAAAAGAACAGAAAGUGUUACAAUUAGACAUAUUACCUGAGGAUAAAGAACAUGAGAAGGCUGCCACAGUCAUGAGAAAUGUUGCUGUAGUUGCUUGCGCCCAUGAGGUGCCCAGAUCAAAUUCACAAGAACCAACUAAAGCCUCACCUGUGCCGACUGCAUCACAGAAUCAACCUCAAAUUAAGGCUAUAACGAUUCGAAAAGUAUCUAAAAUGUCUACCUAUGACAGUAGUGGGUCCACUAAGAACACGAGCUCCGAUACGCCAAGUUUGAUAAAAACACAACAGCGUAUCCUAGCAAGUAUUAGAUCUUCUCCAAAAAGCUCAUCGCGCAAUGAACGCAAAAAAGUCAAUCACAAAAAAGACUUGGAUAAGCGUCCUCGCUCAAAUUUAGAAGAAUGGCGCAAAAAACUUAACUCGGUUUAUGGGUCUACGAAUACAAAAAAAAAUAAAACUCCAAAGCCUAAAACAAGCAAAAGUAAAGAGUCUCUGAGUAAAACCAACGUACCUUCUCAUGUAACGAGUAAACCCAAUAACUUAAAUAAUAUCCAAUACAUACCGUACUCCAAGUUGACUGUAGGAGGUGUUAGAGCAAGCGAUAUUGAAAGAGAAAUAUCAGACAUACCUAAUAGCAGAGACAUACCAUUGAGCCCAAUAUUAGACAAGAUCUUAAGCAGCCGUGAAAAUUCUUUUAGCAAAAAUAGUCCUCGAAAUCACAAACUAAAAGAGACUAAUAUACUCACGACCUCUGACGAAAAUCUACUGCAAGAAGUAAUCGAUAUAGAAAGAACUGUUAGUGAGACUCUAUCAAAAAAUGUCAAAAACAAUAAAUAUGAAGAAAAAGAUGAAGUGGCAAAACGAAUUCCAAGUGAUAGUGACGACGUUAAGGAAAAUGAAAGCUAUGACGAUGACUUUGAAGAUGAAAAAUCAGAACAUUCAGAACAAAAUUCGGAAGUACAGAAAACAGAUAGCUCACAUUCCAAUAAACAUGAGAAAUCCAGUGAAGCCGAUGUUACUAUUGAUAGUAACGAUGAAGAUCCAGGAACUCAAACUAAAAACCAGGAAACAACGCCAAGCACUCAAAACAUUCAUAAUUUGACAUAUACAAAACCAAACCUGUCUUUUAAAAAUACUGUUGAUAUAUUUGAAUUCGUACAUUCUGUUGAUACACAAGAUACAGCAACACAGAGUAAUACAGGACAAAGGAUAGCCCCGAAAGAAACUCAAACGUCACCAAUAUGCGACAAAAACUUACAACCUAUACACAAUGAUCUUUGGCCUUGUAUAGACCCAAAAGGAGAAGUAGAGAAGAUGUUUAAAAUUGAAAAAGAUUUUAUUAAAAAACUUAUUGUGGAUGAAUAUGGCGAUAUCUUAGAAAAAAAUAUUGACAAACCCUCGACUUCGAAAGGGACCGAGAUUCGGAAGAACGUGGCAGCCUCACAGAAAAACACACAAACUUCUCCAGCACAUGUAAAAAAUGUCAUGACAUCACCUACUAGAACUAAAACCAGAACUACAUCACCAUUUGCUGCAUUGACAGUAGACCAUCACACCAGCCCACUAAUAUUCGUAACUAACGAAGACGAUAAAGAAGAAGUCGAAAACGAAGAUGAUCCUGGUAUAUCCAUUAACCUGUCUUCACCAAGAUUCAGUCUGCGUCUACCUCGCACAUCUAGGGAGGUUUUAUCUAAUAUUGAAGAUAGCAUACCAAGAACAAUUGUGAAAAGCUCGAGACAUGUUUUUAAACGUAAUAAUACAACAUCAAGUUCUAGUUCAAUGGAAGUAGAAUCAUCUGAAAUUAGCAGUCUAGGUGAAAUAAAACUAAAGAGGAAAUUUGGUCGUACUAGAAUUUUAUCAGACUCAGAAUCUGUUAGUUCCUCUAAAUGUAGUUCAGAUUUUUUCUCAGGCAUAUUACCUUUGAAAAGUGAAGGUGAAAUGAGUUUAGGUCAUAUAAAGAAGUCUAAUAAGCAAAACAAGUCAAGUGAGGGGGAAGCUAGCUUGGGUCUAUUGUAGCAGUUAUUUUCUAUGAAUUUGGUCUUAGAUCAUUAUUUUGGUGCCUUAACUGUUGACUUUAAUUUAAAGAAAAUAUAAUUGAGGAUCAGUACUGAUAAAUUAGUACUAAGUAUUUCUUUUGGUUAAAUAUUGCUUCUAAUAAGAAUGUGCUAAUGAAAUUGAUAAUGUAAUUAUUAUUUUAUGAAUUACUUAUUAAUGGAUUAUAUGUCAUGUCAAAUGUGACAACAAAAGGUUUUACAACAUAUUUGUUGUAAAACAGUUAAAAUGAAGUGUCAACACUUUAAAAAAAAUACUUGGAUGAAAUUUAAUGUCUUCCUAUAAAAUGCUCUAUCUACAAGACAUACUAGGUACAUAAAAAUAUUUGAGCUUAUUUCUGGCCAUUAACCAAUUUUUUGGCAAAUAUUAAAAGGUACACUAUAUUAAAUUAUUAAGUCAAACAGAAGUUGUCUAAAAGUAGUUAGUAACAGUACUGAUUCACAAUUAUAGUACUAAUGUGUGUUCAUUGUCACUAUUUGUUGAUCACCUGAAGUACAAAUCAGUUAGCGCAUAUACCUACUUUAAUUUUUAUCUGUAAGUAUCUGUACAUAUUUUAGUAUAUUUUAUAUGCCAUUUAGUUAUAUUUUAAUUAGGAACUAAGCAUAUUUUGCAUUGCAACUGAAUAAACAGUUGUUACUUGAA